AUGAGUUCCAUGCUGAAGAGGUCUGGCGGUUUGGCUUUCAAGCCAAAGGCCGGCCGCCGUCCUGGUGCUGCGUCUGCGACUGCAUCACAAAACACAACUAGAGCUCCCACUGCAGAACUUUCACAAACGCCAGUUCCAGCUUCUACACCGACCCCCGCUCCAAUCCCCACCGCAUCGUCAACAGUUGAGGAGCGCACUUCGAAUUUAAAGCAAAGCAACGCGACAGCAGUCACUGCAAACGAACCCAAUGCUGUCCCAACACCUCCACCAUCCAAACCGGCUGAGCCAGAGGCACCCGAGGUCGUUGCAUUGGCGAAGCCCACUCCUCCAGCCAUCACGACAUCAAACGAGGCAGAAAUAAGCUCUUCCGAAGGCAAUUCUACAAACAGCAAUGUCACGAGCGGCUCACUUCCGGCGACCGCCACUUCUCGCAACGCAGGUCCAGCGCCAGAGGAGACCCGUUUGGAUCCUGCGCUCGCAAACCUCAACAAGUCUGUACCUGAUGCGUCGUCCUCUGCUCCCUUGCCUUUGGACUCCACGUCAUCCAAUACAGAGACGCAAAGCUCAGUAUCACAACCAACCAAUACGCCUACUGUGUCAAGAACAGAUGUUACUGGUGACACUUUGAUUACUGCCUCCACAUUGGUGGUACCGAACGCAGGUUUACCCAGUCCUGCCACCACUGCCAUUAGUCAGCCUUCAGCACAAUCAGAUCCUGCGCUCACCUCGCCAUCCCCAUUGCCAAUCCCCGGAUCUGCCCAGAAUAGUGCCAACCCGACUCCGCCUCUCACAAACGGCACCGCUAUUGAUUCAUCAGUUGAAGCGCCAAAGAAAAAGCGACAAUACAAAAAACGCAAACAGCUUGUGGAGGGACAAGCAACAGAGACUGGAGAGGAUGGAGCAGCUCCCCCUAAGCCCAAGCGACAGAGGAAAAAGAAGAUCACGACUACAGAGGCAGGGCAAGAUGGCCAGCCAGCUGCUAAUGGAGAAGCAGCACCUGCAGCACCCAAGCGCGUUCGGCGCCGGCAGACUACUCCCAACCCAGAGGACAUACCCGAAGAUGGACGGCCUGAUCACACAACCACCAAAAUUGGUGAUCUGACAAGAGACUUGGGCAUUGGCAAGAAAUUCAAGCACGCCGAUCUCAUCGUGGAGCGUCAGCGGCAAGCUCGGCAUGACGCCAAGCUACGCAAAAUUGAAAAACAAAAAGUUGCUAUGGGCAAACUAGCACCGGAAGACAGCCAAGCGAAUGAUUCACGUGCCGGUACACCUGCAGCCGCCGACAACAAUAAUUCGGAUCAAGCAACUAAAGCCAACCGCGGCCCUGGUAUCGAUUUCGAUAUCAUUGAUGGCCAGAUCAUGAUCAAUCAAAGCUCGCUUGUCAUCAACCAGCAUGCGGCAGAAGGUGAUGUCCAACUUGAAACAGUUGAGGAAGACGAGUUUACACAUCUGACGACGUCCGCUUCAUACCUGCGCCCCUCACGAGCCAUGGGAUCGAAUCAAUGGGACGAUGCAGACACGGAGAAGUUCUACAAGUACCUGAAAAUGUUCGGUACUGACUUUGAAACAAUCAGCCACAUGUUCCCUGGCAGAAACCGGCGACAGAUCAAGUUGAAAUUCAACAGAGAAGAAAAGCACCGUCCCAACCGCGUGAAUGCUGCUAUCAUGGCCCGUGGCGAGAAGAGAGUUGCCAUUGAUAUCGACGAAUACAGAGCCAGCCGUGUCAGCGAUGAGAACUGGAUCACGCCGGAUAAAUUCAAUGCUGAGCAGGAGUUGAUACGGAAGGAACAAGAGAAGGAGCUUGAGGCCCGAAGACAGGAGCGUCGUGAUCUUGGUCUCUUGGAGGACGAUCCAGCCACCAAGAAGACAGGCGAUGACGAGAAAGGAGCAGCAGAACACGGCGAAGAAGUUGAAGAAAUGCUUAUCGACGAUGCUGAUGUUGGUGGUACAUCAACUAUGAUCACGACAUGA